ACUGGGGCUUUGCGGUCCGUGGACGUUGAGGCGCUGCGGAGUUGGCUCGAAGACAAGGCGAUCAUGGUGCCUGAGGGUUGGCUCGAAGCGUGUCUCGAGUGGCUGGUUGAGGACCAGGGCGAUCGCUGCGCUCAAUUCACUCCCCUACAAUGGCGCGAGGCUGUCAGUGCCAUAUUGAACAUCGGCGAAUCCUAUUACGGCCAGCUUCGAAAAUUGGAGGGUGACCUUGACAAGGAUCUCCCCGAUUUGGAGAAUGAUCCGGAUCAAGUUGACUUUGAAGACCGUUCGGUGUCAUUGACGUUUCAGUCUGCAAAUGGUAAAAUUAACCACUGCAUUAGACAUGUGCUUUGUUCGUCGCAAUACAGCCAAGCAAAUAGGACUUGGGGUCAGCAGCCAACUUACGCUCUCUACCUCACCGACGGAAUCACAACAAUCAAGGCCGUGGAAUUGGGGAGCAAAGCGUCGUCGUCGUCGUCUUUGGUUCUGGAAGACCGAUACCGCGUCGGUGCCAAGGUCAAACUUCGUGGACCGUUGAAGCUGCGCAACAGGGUUCUCAUGUUGCCUUGUGGUUCAAUCACGUGCCCGUCCGCGUCACCACAAUCGCACUGCGUCGUGCUUGGCGGUGAAGUCGAUCAAGAUGAGGAUAGGGUGGUGAAGAAAUUGACUCACCUGCAGGAGGAACUGCUGGUCAAGUUGAACUUGCCUGUCUCCGCUCCGCCGGACUGGCUUCCAGGACGUCGUCGCCUCGCCGCCGUUUCACAGGAGGCUCAAUCCACGCGGUCGCCGCCUCCACCACCACCACCUCCUGCUCCUUCUGCCUCUGUCGGGAGUCGCCAUCAAAAUUGCACUGUGCCGCAGUCCCUGAAUGCAACACGCGUUGCGCCUCCACCUCAGUCACCUGCUGUCGCCAAGCAAGCGUCGAGCGAGGGCCUCUUCGAGACCAACGAUGACGACGACGUGGAUGACCUCCUCUUGGCCUGUGCUAUGGAAAACCUCGAAGCUGAAGCUGUUGUUGCGAGUGAGUUAACUUUCGAUAAUCUGGUGGCUUUUGUAAACGCUGAUGAGGACCAGGUGGACGCUGCGUUGUUGAACUCAGCACUACAAGAAAUCGAUUUUUCGCCACUCCCCGACCCACCCCCCAUCGAGGUUCUCAAACGACCAGCAGCGAUGCCGCCUUCCACGGAGCCUCCGAGAAAGAAGACCUCGCUGAAGGCGGAGGUUGCGUGCGCGAAGCGUCCGCACUGCGCGGACAUUCGAAGAUUCCUCGGUGACACGCAGAAGCCAUCUCACAGCGUCCCCAUUCAAUCCUUCUCCUACUUACAGGACGUCUACUAUGACCUUCAAAAACAAUCCUCCAACCAAUCAGAAGUGCCUCGCAAGGAAGUCUACAAUAUCCGCGGGAUGCUGGUGAGCUUGCAGUCGAGACUGGAGCACCACGACGGUCAGCGUUGGUCCCUCACAGUUCGUCUCUCUGACGGUUCGGCCACCGUUGAUGCCGACAUGGAGGACGAUCUGCUGAAGGAGUUGAUCGGUGUUUCAGCGGUUGAAAGCGAAGCGAUGCGCCAGCUUGGCCGAAAAGGCGAUGAAAAUCAAAAACGACGUUUGAAGGAAGUGAUUGACGCGUUUCAGUUGAAGUUAUGUCAUCUCAACGGCCUCUUUGAAAUUGUGCUAGCUGGACCUCCGUCGUCGGCCAAACCACGAAUCAGGCGUUUCCGUGCUCUUGAUUCCCAUUGGCUCUCCGAAUUGCAAAAGCGCGUUUUGUAA